CGAAUUACUAACGCUGCCUCUGGCUGGGGGCCUGCGGGCGGUCGCCCGGACAGAGCAUGUAAAGCCCCCCUUGACCACCACAGCAGGCCUCUCCCUCUCUUAAAGAAUUUGACUGCCCUCUCUUCAUCGUUGUGUUCGUCAUCUUCCCCGUCUUGCCUCCUACAACGUGCUUCCGAGCCUUGUCCUGUAUCCAGUCAGCACAAUAUUUGCGUCAUCAACUGUGUCAGAGCUUCUCCAAGCAUCCACCUUAACUCACCGUUGAAUAUAACCCCGGGGUACUCUCGUCGACUGUCCCAGCUCCCGAAACCCCUCAGACAACAAUCUCUCUCCUCGUACCAUACUUCAUCCACCGCCAACAUGCCCGCUUUCAUCUCUCAGUCCUCCUCGCAGUCGUCCUUUCAGGACAUCAAGCUCGAGUGCGAGUCGGGCUAUGUCUCUGGACAGAACUCGGAAUACUCAUCGCCCUCAUCAUCAACCAUCCUCCCUCAGAUCUCUCUCACCAAGGCCCACAUCGACCACCUCAACAACAUGCUCGAGACCAUGCACCCCAUGGACAUCCUCCGAUUCUGCAAGGUCAUGUUCCCUAACCUAUAUCAGUCGACCGCCUUCGGUCUGACUGGUCUCGUCACCAUGGACAUGCUGUCCAAGAUUCAAAAGGAGCACCCCAACUCCCCCACCGUCGACCUCAUCUUCUUGGAUACCUUGUACCACUUUCAGGAGACACACGACCUAGUCGACCGGGUCAAGGCCCGAUACCCCAAUGUCCCCGUGCACAUCUUCAAGCCUGAUGGUGUCAACACUGCUGAGGAGUUCGAGGACAUGUACGGCAAGGAGAUGUGGAACACCGCCUCUGAGAUGUACGACUGGAUCGUCAAGGUCGAGCCCCUCCAGCGAGCCUAUGAGGAGCUGAAGGUCGCCGCCGUGCUCAACGGUCGUCGACGAUCUCAGGGUGCCGCCCGCGGCUCCAUCCCCAUCAUCGAGUACGAUGAUGAGCGUGCCGUCGUCAAGAUCAACCCCCUGGCCACUUGGUCUUUCAAGCAAGUCAACGACUACAUCAAGGAGCACAAUGUCCCCUACAACGCCCUCCUCGACCAGGGCUACAAGUCCGUCGGCGACUGGCACUCGACCGUCCCCGUCAAGGAUGGCGAGGACGAGCGAGCUGGUCGCUGGAAGGGCCAGGCCAAGACCGAGUGCGGUAUCCACAACAAGAAGUCGAGGUAUGCCGAGUUCCUCGCCCAGAUGGAGCAAAAGCAGAAGGAGGAGAAACUGGCCGCGGCCCUCGAGCAGGUGGCUCUGCCCGCCGUAUAA